ACAAAAAUUGUUCCAGUAUUGAUUUAAACAAACUUCAUUUGAGUUAUGCUCAGUUUUUGUAAGAAAAUGAAAAAAUAUGCUUUUCAUGCAUUCUUCUAAAUCUGAGCACAUAUUUAUGUACCAUAAAAUUAAGACAUUUUAUUGAUCAAAUGUCUUCCUUAUUGUGUAAAAAUACAUGAAGCUUUGGAGUUUUAAAUGGCUUUUUCAGUUUGUGAACUUCAUGUGUAGCAGAGAAAACAUAGAGGCAAAAGUUCAAACAUGUUGCAAUAAGGAGUGGCUGGAAGUUGAAACCUAUUCAGGAAGAGCGACUGUUAACUGUGAAGAGUUAUGUAAUUUGAAAAGCAGAGAACAGAUCAGCUCUCCAGUGCAAACAGGAAAUUCCAGGAAGGAAAGGCAGACUCACUCCAGCUGUAGCAUGUCUCUUGAUUUCAGCAAGAUGGAUCUGUCUUCCCGGCCAAAGCUGUUUGAUUUCCAUGGAGUCGCAAUGAUUCCUAUUUUCACAGCAAACUGGGAAAAUGUCCAAAAUUUUCAGGCCCGACCAGAUGACAUACUAAUAGCAACAUAUCCAAAAGCAGGGACCACAUGGGUCUCCCAAAUCCUUGACUUGCUGUAUUUUGGCAAGACAUCUCCGGAGCGUCUGACUUCUCUCCCUAUCUAUGAAAGAGUCCCUUUUUUGGAGAUGACCAUCCCAAACUUGGUGUCAGGAAAAGACCAGGCAGAUAAGCUUCCUACCACCCCUCGACUCAUCAAAACCCAUUUUCCUGUGCAAUUUGUGCCAAAGUCAUUUUGGGAGCAGAACUGUCGGAUGGUCUAUGUAGCCCGCAAUGCAAAAGACAACAUGGUGUCUUAUUACCACUUUGACUGCAUGAACAAUGCCCAACCUGCAGCUGGAGACUGGAACACGUUUUUCCAGAGAUUCAUGGAGGGAGACAUGGUGUUUGGCUCCUGGUAUGACCAUGUGAACGGUUGGUGGAAGAAGAAGCAAACCCAUUCAAACAUCCACUACAUGUUCUAUGAAGACAUGAUUGAGGACACUGGACGGGAAAUAGAGAAACUUUGCUCCUUUAUUGGUUUGUCUCCCUCUGCUGAGGAGAAGGAAAUGAUCAAAACUGGAGUGCAGUUUGACAACAUGAAAAAGAACAAGAUGGCCAACUAUUCCACACUGCCAGUCAUGGAUUUCAAGGUGUCUCCCUUCAUGAGAAAAGGAAAAGUUGGAGACUGGAAGAAUUACUUCACUGUGGCACAGAAUGAAGAGUUUGAUGAAGACUACAAGAGAAAGAUGAAAGACCCUACCCUGCAUUUCCGCUGUGGACUCUGAAGAAAAUAGAUGACAAACACCAGUGCAAUGAAAAAAAUAGAGCCUAUUUUGUACUAAUUUUAAACAAUAUGCUAAUUAUUUUGUAAUAUUUAAAUAACAACCAUCACAUUUCAUUUUUUAGAUUUUAGAAUGAAUAAAAAUAUGAUCUUUUCCAAAGAGAUGGUGGGUAAAAUUUUUUUCUAUAUGAUGUUAAUAUUUGUAAUUGACUUCAAACAGAUCUUAUAACUAUCACUGGGACUCUUAUUGUCAUGCUCUUCUGGAAAUUAUGUAAAAUUGUUCCAUCAAAAAAAUAGGGCUAAAACCUGUAGUUCUUAUUAUGUCUUUUUUUCAAAAUAUUACUUGGCUCUUGAUCAUUUUACCUAAGAGCCACUUCUGCCUUGGGAGCCACAAGUUGAAGACCCUGUGAUCUAGGAUAUGAAAUUAAAAAUGUUAAA